AUGCCAUACGGUGCCCUCCCGCCGGCCCCGCCCACUUCUGCUGAAAUUGGAGGGAAAUCCGAAAAUCCGAGCGUUCUUGUGGCGGCUAGUAACGAUGCAUCCCCGUCCCAAUCCGGCGCCUCCUCCUAUCAGGUCCUCGACGCCGAGCUGCAACGCGAACUGAACAGCCUCGAAUUGAACGAUGAGGGCGUGAGAAAGGCGCUUCUCGUCUCGCAACGGCUCCCCGUCCACCCACGCCUCGACGCCAUCAACCAAAAGGGGCGCGAGUUGGAGAAGCCGACUACCGUACUCUCAUCAAGACAUGGAAUAGAACCUACCGUAACCGAGCUGGAGACUGGCGAGUACCUGAUCAGCCACCAGUCGAGCGCGGCAGCGUCCGAUCCACUGUCGAAACACGAAAAGCUGCCCAACACCAGCCAAAAUGCCGACGACAAUACCGUAUCCCAGUUCUUCGACGCCCCGGAGACGGCCACCGACAAGGAGAAGGAGGCCGACGCUGAGGCAGAAGACGAAGAAGAAGCCGAACAUGACCACCAAGUACAGGUCCCGGGCAGCGCGCAGAUGGCCGAGAGUGAGGAGAGGGCUGAGAAGACAGAGUCGGCAACGCUGAAACCGAUCGUUUUCUCGCCGAAGAACGCGAGCGAAAGCUACGGGGCAUUUGCGGUGAGGACGCAUCAACCAGACAAGGACUAUCCACAAGACGAGGACUCCGAAGAAGACCUCGAAAUGACGACUCGCCCCCAAUUCACGCCGUAUUUAACGUAUUACAACCAGAUGUGUGACGGUGAGGUGCUGGGUGCAUCGGGGGACGAAACGAUGGCCACAGCUGCCGAGAAAUGCGCCGAAUUGGGCUGUGAGGCAGCGAAUGCGAGGCCGAUUGGAGGGGGGAGGUAUCAGGUGACAUUCCUUGGUGGUGUCCGGCAGCGUCGCAACCUCAUCGGCUCCUACUGUGUGUCCGGAAAGAAGAUUCCGCUCCGAAGAGAAAUCCGACGACAGAUGAGACACAGACGGGGUCCGUGGCCGGCACGCGCCAAUCUGCGCAUCCGCCGCAUCGCCGUUUUACCG